GCAAAAUUUAAGAUAAAAGUAGGGUUAUGUCACAUUAAUGCUUUUGGUUCAAAAUAAUUUAUAAUAUAAUACAAUUUAUAUGUAGUUAAUUAAUAUGUAUCGACUAACCAAUAUUUGUUCAAGUACCCUUAGCGACUUAACUAAUUACACGAAAUAUGAAACUGUUCGUUACCUUAGAAAAAGAAAACCAAUCCAUUUGGGCACAGCUAAAAGUAAACUUUUUAGGAUACCAAAACGUCCAGUUUUACCACCAGAUGAGAAACUCGAACUGAUGAGACUUUUUAACAAUUAUCGCACAACUAUGAAAUCGUUACGAUACUACUUUAUGGUAAAUCACAGUGCAGAAUUUGCUGAAGUUAGUGAAGAUCCUGAAGAAAGUAGGAGAGUAUUUUUAGAAGAUUUCCAAAAAUGUUCAGAAAUUAAUGCCAAAUGGAAUGAGAAACAAAAAGAACUUAGAGAAAAAGAUAUUGCUGAUCAGCACGAAGCAGAACUUACAUAUGUUAUGCAAAGAUUAGAAUUAGAAAAGAAAAAGCAGCAAGAGAAAAUGGAGGAAAUAGAAGAAAUUGUAAAGGCAGAAAAAGUUGCCUCCAAAGAUUUUAUUACCGCUGAAAAUCUAAAUGAAGCUAUAGAAAGAGCACUUGCUAAUCCUGUAGAUUAUAAUUUUGCUUUAACACCAAGUGGGGAAAAAAUUUUAGGUAGGGAUACAAUUCCUAAUAAGGAAAAAGACACAGUUAGUGUUAAACAAUAACUAUGUAUAAAUAAUAUUUAUUAGAUAAUAAAAUUAACUAAGGAU